GGCGGUGCGUCUUGUUUGAUUUAGUCUCCUAAGUAACAAUGUUGUCUAGCUAGAUCUAUUCAAGUAGAUAUGAAUAAACAAUACAACACACACAAUCACACAUUAGUCAACUAAUUAAACCAACUGAGAUCUAGAGAGAGAGAGUGUGAGAGCUUUCAUGGAGCCAAAACUCUUCUUCCGUCUGUUUCUUCUCAUCAUCACGGUUUGUUUCACCGUCUUUUUCACUUCCACUAGCUUCUCUCACGCGCCGUCAUCCACGGCAAAGCUUUUCGACUGCACAAAAUCUUCCUCUUCGCCUCUUUGCGCGUCAAGAAACUUCCUUUUCAAGCAAAAAACUCGACCCAUUGCUCAAAACGUUCCCAAAACAAAACCCAAAAACCAUGACCACGUUUCCGAUACACCAAACCACCCUCUUGACCCACUUACCGUCAUGGAGAUCAACAAAGUCCGAUCAAUCCUCUCCUCCCACGCGCUCUUCGCCUCACGUGAACCACACACGCUUAACUCCGUCGUUCUUGAAGAGCCAGACAAGAACCUAGUCCGACAAUGGGACAAAGGAGACCAACUCCCACCAAGAAAGGCUUCAGUGAUCGCAAGUGUGGGAGGUGAUUCACACGUGCUUACCGUUGACUUAUCUACAAAUCUUGUUGAUUUAGUGGAUAGUCCGGUUCGUAAAUCCGGUUACCCGAUUGUGACGACGGAGGAGAUGGACAGCGCCGCGAGUGCACCAUUCUCAAACGCAGAUUUCAACCGUACGAUUCUUUCUCGUGGAAUUAAUCUAACGGACGUGGUUUGUAUCCCAAUGUCUAGUGGCUGGUUUGGUAAUAAAGAAGACAACAAAAGGGUAACUAAAAUUCAGUGUUUCUCAUCUCAAGGCACUCCUAAUUUCUACAUGCGACCUAUCGAAGGUUUGACUCUACUUUUUGAUUUAGAUACGAAGCAAAUACUUGAGAUAACCGAUACCGGUCAAUCAAUACCCAUACCCGGUUCAACCAAUACCGAUUAUCGAUACUCCAAUUUCCCGAACCGGGACAAAACCAGACCUCUCAAUCCAAUCUCCAUUGAGCAGCCACGUGGUCCAAGCUUUGUAAUCGAGGAUAACCAUUUAGUAAAAUGGGCAAAUUGGGAGUUUCACUUAAAACCGGACCCGAGAGCCGGUCUGAUUAUAUCCCGGGUCAGAGUACAUGACCCGGAUACUGAAAAGACACGUGAAGUGAUGUACAAAGGUUUCGUGUCCGAGCUUUUUAUUCCGUACAUGGAUCCAUCGGAAGCUUGGUACUUCAAGACUUACAUGGACGCAGGAGAGUACGGGUUGGGGUUACAAACCAUGUCGCUCGAGCCGCUUAACGAUUGUCCAAGAAACGCCGUUUAUAUGGAUGGAAUAUUCGCGGCGUCUGACGGAACGCCGUUUGUGAGAGAGAAUAUGAUUUGUGUGUUUGAGAGUUACGCCGGAGAUAUUGCGUGGCGUCACACCGAGUAUCCCGUCCCCGGCACGCCGCCGUUACGGGAAGUGAGACCAAAGGUGACGCUUGUGGUACGAAUGGUAGCCUCAGUGGGUAACUACGAUUACAUCAUUGAUUAUGAGUUCCAAACUGAUGGGCUUAUGAGAGCAAAGGUUGGGCUUAGUGGAAUCUUGAUGGUAAAAGGGACAUCGUACGUGAACAAGAACCAAGUGAAGAAAGACAAAGAAGGUAAUGAAGAAGAGCUUUAUGGCAAUAUUCUGUCUGAAAAUGUAAUUGGAGUUAUUCACGACCACUACGUCACUUUUUACCUUGACCUCGACGUUGAUGGCCCGGACAAUUCCUUUCUUAAAGUGAACCUUAAGAGGCAAGAGACGGCGCUAGGUGAAUCACCUAGGAAGAGUUACAUGAAAGCGGUUAGGAACAUUGUGAAAACCGAAAAAGACGGUCAGAUCAAGCUUAGCUUGUACGAUCCAUCAGAAUACCACGUCAUUAAUUCUGGUAAAACCACUCGGGUUGGUAACCCGACGAGUUACAAGAUUGUCCCUAGAGCCACAGCAGCUAGUCUGCUUGACCAUGAUGAUCCACCACAGAAGAGAGGAGCUUUUACGAAUAACCAAAUUUGGGUUACUCCAUACAAUAAGUCCGAGCAAUGGGCUGGUGGUUUGUUCACUUACCAAAGCCAUGGUGAUGAUACUCUUGCGGUUUGGUCCGACAGGGACAGAGAUAUAGAGAAUAAGGACAUUGUGGUGUGGUACACGCUUGGGUUCCAUCACAUUCCAUGUCAAGAAGAUUUCCCAAUAAUGCCCACGGUUUCUUCAAGUUUCGAUUUGAAGCCCGCAAAUUUUUUCGAGCGCAAUCCAAUCCUUAAGGCCGCUCCAAACUUUGAAUAUGACCUUCCGGUUUGUGGAGCCAAAUCUGUUUCUGCUUGAUAAGAAUGAAGAACCAACGAAAGAAUCAUCCAAAUUUUGGAUCUUAUAGCACAACUUCAAAUAAAGUUACAAGAUAUUC